UCGAUUUAAUACAAUUACUAGGGCAGCAGGGUAGACGAUGCUGAGGCUUCUUUCACAUUUUGAUGAAAAUUUUGCUCGUAGUAUCCGUACAUCCAUCAUCGUCACUGUUUCGUUUUCAGACAAUUUUCAAACAAACCAGCAGUUAGUCAGAAGAUGGGGAAGGAUGAUGCGGAAACGGUGGCCUUGAAGAAGGAACUGGAGGAUCUGAUCAACAAAUGCAAGGAGGAUCAAAAGAAGCAACAGGAUACCACUUUGGAGGAGGCAUGCAGCGGUGCAGCGGACGCUCCAAAAGUUAAAUUAUCAACAAAAAAAUUACUUAAAGGACAUAUCAACAAGGUGAACUCGGUGCAUUACAGUGGUGACAGUAGACAUUGCGUGACAGGCUCGUUAGAUGGAAAAUUAAUUAUCUGGGACUCCUGGACUGGAAACAAGGUUCAGGUGAUUCCACUACGUUCAGCAUGGGUGAUGUCGGUGGCUUUUGCACCGUCUGGAAAUUUCGUUGCCUGCGGCGGUAUGGACAAUAUGUGCACCAUCUAUGACGUGAAUAAUCGUGAUGCCACAGGCUCGGCUAAGAUUGUUAGAGAAUUACUUGGCUACGAAGGCUUCCUCUCGUCCUGUAGAUUUUUUGAAGACAAGAAGAUCAUUACCGGCUCUGGUGACAUGAAAAUCUGUAUAUGGGAUUUGGAAGCAAACAAGAAAACGACAGAUUUCUGUGGCCACGCUGGAGACGUGGUUAGCAUCAGUCUAUCUCCAGAUGGGAACACAUAUGUUACAGGAUCAGUUGACAGAACAUGUAAGCUGUGGGAUGUAAGGGAGGAGACUGCGCAUCAAACCUUUUUUGGGCACGAGGCUGACGUGAACUCGGUUUGCUUUCAUCCUUCGGGACAAGCUUUCGUGACAGCCUCCGAGGACAAGACAGCAAGAUUGUGGGACCUGAGAUCGGAUCAGCAGCUGGCUACGUUUAAGCCACCGAGUGCAACUCCUGGAUACACAUCCUGCGGUUUAUCCUUUAGCGGUAGAUUCAUAUUUUGUGGAAGCGAUGACAAUACUAUCCACAUAUGGGAUACGUUAAAGAACCAGCACAACGGCGUUUUGUCGGGCCACGAGAAUCGAGUAACGUCGUUAAGCGUUGCUGGAAAUGGUAUGGCUAUUGCUAGCUGCUCCUGGGACCAGAACGUUCGAAUUUGGGUGUAAAGUUUGGAGAAAUGUUAUCAACAUCCAUCCAAGGAUCUCAAAAAUGAAAGGAUGAAUAGAAAAAUAAUGAUAAAACGUUUUGCACUUGUUCUUCACUAUCUCACCAAAGUUUUUGAUACGUGGAAAAAGCAGGUCCUAUAUAGAUUCUACAAAGAAAUUAUACAUUAUACAUAUUAAAUUAAAUGAUUAUAUAAUAUGAUUAUACGAUAUGAUAAAAUAUUAAUUUAUAUUCAUAAAUGCCUAUAGAAUAUGCUGAGGUAUAAAGAUAAUUCUCUAUACAUCUAUCCAAAAAAAGGAGCAUUAGUUACUGAAGUUUCAAUUCUGACGUUUUCCUUUUCUUUUUUUUAACUGAAAAAUAAAGAAUAUUAGAAAAAAAAGAUAUAAACAGAAUACAUUAUAAAAUAUGAUUAUAACUAACUGAACGAAUUAUGUUAUAAAAUAUAUACACACGUUGAUCGUUUUCUUUCCAGUUAUAUUAUUUGCGAGUUCUCUGCAUUUAUAAAUGGUGCACAUGAUAUUCACAAAGAAAAAUUCGAACUUUAAACAGCGUAUUUCAAAAUAUGGUUAUUACAUUUUCCAAAAUGUAUUCAUUUUUUUGGGUAUUUGCGUCUUCAAUUCUAUUCGAUAGCAUUAUAUUGUGAUUUACAGUAGUAUCAUUUUAUUUCUACAUUAUACAGAUAACAUGUCUCUUUAUCGAUACUGCUGAGUGCUUAAAAAAAAAAAAAAAAAAAAAAAAAAAA